AUGCCAUUCUCUCACCACAGCCAUUCAGGGCAGUUCUGCCCAGGGCAUGCAAAAAACUCCCUCGAAGAGGUCAUCCAGACAGCAAUUGCACAGAAGAUGCAAGUCUUUUGCUUAACAGAACACAUGCCUCGCGGAAAAGAAGAUUUUUACCCGGAAGAGGUGGGAGUUUCAACAGAAGAGUGGCUUGUUGAGAACGAAGCAGCCUUUUACGCAGAGGCGUUGCGGCUACGUCAGAAAUAUGCUUCCCAGAUCAAGCUUCUUAUUGGAUUUGAAAUCGACUGGAUACGGCCCGAGUCUUUGAAGUUGAUCGAGACAUCUCUGUCCCGCCUACCAUUUGAGCUCUUUGUUGGAUCUGUGCAUCACGUGCACACAAUUCCAAUCGACUACGAUGCUUCUAUGUACCAGCAAGCGCGGGAAGCUGCCGGUGGUACCGAUGAGCGAUUAUUUGAGGAUUACUACGACAGCCAGCUAGACAUGUUGCAGAAACUGAAGCCGCCAGUGAUUGGCCACUUUGAUUUGAUUCGUUUGAAAAGCGAUGAUCCCAAUGCAACUUUCACCAAGUACCCCCGAGUAUGGGAUAAGAUACAGCGCAACCUCCGCUUUGUGGCUAGCUAUGGAGGUCUGUUGGAGCUCAACUCGGCUGCGUUGAGGAAGGGUAUGACGGAGCCGUAUCCUAAAGAGGAGAUUUGCCGCGAAUUCUUGUCAAUGGGUGGCCGAUUUUGCAUGUCCGAUGACAGUCAUGGAAUCGACCAAGUGGGCUUUGGUUAUCGUCAAGUGCUGGAUUUUGUGGAUCAAGCCGGCAUAACCGUCUUACAUUACCUAGAUCUAAAUCUGUCUGGGGAGGGGCCGAUCCUUGAUAGUCGAUUCCCAUUGACAAGGAUCCGUUCGGUUCCUAUCGAGGAGGUGAAGACUGCCUCAUUCUGGGCGUAG